GCCAAUUUUCUUUCCUCAACUCGAAGGAGAUCCUUUCCCUUCUUUUCCCCUUCUCAGUCCCUCUGAGUAGCGUCCGAAAGAAAAGACAAAGGUCAGCGCCAUCGUCGAUCGAUCAUCGUUGCCCAAGAUGCUGGCCUCCCUCGCCUCCAUCUUCCUCCUUGCCCUCUCCACGGCCAAUGCCGCGCUCACCUACAAGGGCGCGGACUGGUCCUCGGCGCCCAUUGAGGAGAAGGCCGGUAUCAAGUACAAGAGCAGCGCCGGCGCCUCGCAGUCCCUCGAGGUGAUCCUCAAGAACGCCGGCGUCAACUCGGUCCGUCAGCGCGUCUGGGUCAACCCUUCCAAUGGCGACUACAAUCUCGACUACAACCUCGCCCUCGCGAAGCGCGCCAAGGCGCAGGGCUUGUCUGUCUACCUCACGCUGCACUUCAGCGACACCUGGGCCGACCCGACUAAGCAGGGCAUCCCUUCGGGCUGGCCCUCGGACAUUGAGAACCUUAGCUGGCGCUUGUACAACUAUACCCUCGAGGUCAGCAACGCUUUCCAAAAGGCCGGCGUCCCGCCCGCCAUUAUCUCCAUAGGCAACGAGAUCCGCGCCGGCCUGCUCUUCAACACGGGCAGGACCUCGAACUGGAGCAACGUCGCCCGCCUUCUCAACUCGGCCGCGUACGGCAUCAAGGACUCCACCCUCAGCCCGAAGCCAAAGAUCAUGAUCCACCUCGACAACGGCUGGGAUUGGAACGCCCAGAACAACUGGUACACCAACCUAUUCGCCCAGAACCUGCUCAAGGCCGCCGACUUUGACAUGAUGGGCGUCUCCUACUACCCCUUUUAUGGCUCCGGCGCCACCUUGUCCGCCCUUAAGACAAGCCUGACCAACCUGGCCAACAAAUGGGGCAAGGAAAUCGUCGUUGCCGAGACCAACUGGCCCACGAGCUGCCCGAGUCCCGCAUACGCCUUCCCGAGCGACCUCAAAGAUAUCCCCUUCUCCGCCGCCGGCCAGACGACCUUCAUGAAACGGGUCGCCGCCGUUGUCGCCGCUGUGAAGAACGGCAAGGGCGUGUAUUACUGGGAGGUUGGGUGGAUGAACAACCAAGCCCUAGGCUCCAGCUGCCCGUCCAACACCAUGUUCUCGUGGCCCGGCACUGCAUUGUCGAGUUUGGAUGUCUUCAAGAGUAUCUGAGGGAAGGUUAAGGCUGUGGCUUGGGGGCAACGGCGUGUAUGGGACUUUUCAUGAGUGGAAAUGUCUGGCUUUGACGGGGGAUUGGAACGUAUAUACCUUUACUUCGAUACGUACAUAGUUAGAUCCUUCUUCGUACAUGUGUG